UGUAUAAUGUACAGUUUAUUUUUAAAUGUCUUUAGUGUCUUAGGUAUAUGUAUACAGGCGCAUGCUGUAUUGUUUAUAUAGUCUCACCAUCUGUCCCUAAAAAACCGGUUCACAGAUGUUUAUUUUCACACAGCACAGAUGUUUAGUAAUGAACUCUUACAUUGAAAAUUAGUUUCAGAAUAAGUUUUAAAAGAUUAUUCCAUGAUGGUGGUCAGAUUUUUAGCCAUCGUGUAUUUUUUAUCAUCGGCGACAUUUGUCGCCUGCUCUUCUGCAAAUAUUCUUUACCCGGUGGAAAGUGAAAGUCGUGAACUACGUACUCUACAUGGAUUAUGGAACUUCAAGAUAUCUCCACUAUUCAAUCAGAUGAUCGGGUUUGAUGAGAAAUGGUAUACAAAGAGAUUUGAUACAUUAGGUGAUUUUUGGAAAAUUCCCGUACCAUCCAGUUAUAACGAUAUUUCUACUAACUCAACUAUCCGAGAUUAUGUUGGUUGGUCUUGGUAUCAAUAUGAGUUUUAUGUACCAAAAAGAUGGACCAAAGAUCAACUAAAUGUAUUUUUACGAUUUGGUAGUGUACAUUUCAAAUCAACUGUGUGGUUAAACGGACAGUUAUGUGUAGACCAUGAAGGUGGUCAUUUACCAUUUACCGGCGAUGCUACCAAUUUACUUAAAUAUGGUGAAUCUAAUCUAAUCGUUGUUGCUGUAAAUAACACCCUGACGCCAGAUACUAUUCCACAGGGAUUUACGACAUUCCCUAACAAUACUUACAAGUACCCAAAAGGUUAUAGAAUAUAUUCCCAUGAUUUUGACUACUUCGAUUAUUCUGGUAUAAACAGAGCGGUCCAAAUAUACACUACUCCUAAAGCUUAUGUUUGCGAUAUUACUAUAUUAACUAGUUUUGGAAAUAAUUCUGAAGGAAUCGUUGACUAUAAAGUAGAUAUUUGUGGAAUAAAUAUUUCUACAUGUCAUAUUACACUUUUGGAUGUUAAUCGAAAUACAGUUGCUGAAUCUGAUACGUGUUUUGGAAAACUAAUAAUACCAAACGUAAUUCCUUGGUGGCCAAUUAUGUCCGGGAAAAAACAGAUUGCCUACUUAUAUACUUUUCAAGUGAAAACUAACAACGAAAAUUCUGAUUACUAUCGUAUGAAAAUUGGUGUUCGAACUCUACAAUGGACAUCGAAAGAAUUAUUACUAAAUGAUGAACCAAUUUAUUUAAGAGGAUUUGGAAAGCAUGAAGAUUUUAUAAUACGUGGAAGAGGUUAUGAUGAUGCAUUGAGUGCUAGAGACUUUUAUUUAAUUAAAUGGUUGGGUGCUAAUUCUUUUCGUACAUCCCAUUAUCCAUAUGCAGAAGAAACAUUACAACAAGCCGAUGAGGAAGGCAUUUUGGUAAUUGUAGAAAGCGCUGCGUGCAGUAUAAAGUUAUUUGGAUCAAAUUUGUUGGAGUUUCACAAACGUACAAUGACAGAAAACGUAAAUCGGGACAAAAAUCAUCCAAGUGUUAUUAUGUGGUCAUUGGCUAAUGAACCAAGUAACCAUUUAAAUUCAUCGGUAGCAUAUUUUCAAGAACUUUAUCAACAUGUACGACGAUUGGAUCAGUCACGACCAAUUACUUUUGUUAAUAGUCAACAGAUUCAAAAUGCUAAAGCGAUUGAAUUCAUGGACAUUUUAACUUUAAACCGAUACAGCAGCUGGUAUAGCGAUUCAGGUCAUUUAGAUGUUAUUAAAUACCAAAUAUACAAAGAAUUUGUAGCAUUUACCAAAAUAUAUAAGAAACCUAUGUUAUUUACUGAGUAUGGCGCUGGUUCACUUUCUGGAUUACAUUCGCUACCAGAAACCAUGUGGAGUGAAGAUUAUCACGUAACUCUGCUCCAAGAACACUUCAAAACUUUUGAUUCAUUAAUAGAAAAUGGAGUACCAAUUUUAGGAGAAAUGAUAUGGAAUUUCGCUGAUUUUAAAACACCUCAAGAGUACAUAAGACCUGGGUUGUGUGUAAAAGGUUUGUUUACCAGAGAACGACAGCCUAAGAUGGCCGCGUAUUUGGUCAAAGAACGUUUCAAUAAAUUUUUAAGCAAUUCUGCACAUCAGAAUAAAUCUUUGAAUUGUAUAAAUUAAUUUAAAAUUUACACAAAAAUAUUAUACUAAAUCAAUAGUAUAGUAUGCUUCUAUUUUUCGAGUAAUUUACUUUUCAAAUUUGUGUAAAUUAAAAAUACACAAACUUUAUAAUAA